AUGGUGAAAGAAGGCAAGAAGCAAAUAAGAGAGGGAGAAGGAGGAAAAGAGGUUGCUAAAAACAAGUUUGUUGUACAGCUUAGCAGUAAGGAGGAAAAACACUUGAAAGAUAUAAGAAAAUCAAAAAAGAGGUGCUAUAAAGACUUGGAAGGAGGUCACUUAUCAAUACAGAAUUUACAGAAUUUGCUGGAGCAAAGUGAAUCAGAAAAUGAAGCAGAAGCAAAGUGGAGUGAACUAGCUGGUCACAUUAUAGAACCAGAAAAAGUAACAGUUUCAACAGGAAAAACAUUGGAUUUUGAAAAUAAAGGAAUAGAAACUACUGGAAAGAUAUUCAUAAUCCAAUCUAAGAAUGGCUCACAGGGACUUGACCUUAUAACAGCAAGGAGUAUGUGUGCAGCUCGUGGAGCUCGCCUAGCAACAGCUGAAGAGCUGCGGCAUGCUGUAGAUGAGUGUUCUUUCUCUACGUGUUCUCGAGGAUGGCUGGCAGACAGCAGUAUUGGAACAAUUGUGUGUGGAAUGUUGGGCAGCGGACUAUGGGCUGUAAAAAAAAUUGAUGUGCAAAUUGAAGAUGAACCGUCAAGUGACAAGCGGUAUGAUGCCUUCUGUGUUAAAGACACAGACAAGCCAUGUGGCGACCCCCCAUCCUUCCCAAACACGGUCCUGCAGGAUCACAGAGCAUAUGAAAUGGGGGAUGAGAUGACAUAUGUCUGUGUUAGAGGUUAUGUCAUGGCCAAUGGAUAUACCUCUUUCAGCUUGCUAUGUGACAGCUGUGGUGAAUGGUAUGGUCUUGUUCAGGCUUGUAGCAAAGAUGGAUCUGAAGUACAAGUUGACUAUGAGGACAAAUUCACAGAUGAAUCAACCAUAUCAUUUCCAGGAUCGGAAGAGGAUGCUGAACUUGCUAAUUCCAAUAGUAAAGAACAGGAAAAGGCUGAAGCAAAGGUAGAUAAAACUGACACUGAUACAAGUGAGACUGAUAAACAGAGUCCACAAGUAAGAACAGAAUCUCCCCUCUCCUUGCUCCUUAAGAAACAUUUGUUUUGGUUUCCUUCAGAGGCCUUCCAGGAAAAGGAUCAGACACCUGAUGGUGACAAUCAUAUUGGAGUAAAACAUGAUUACUCUGAUUUAGGUACCAAAACAGUUGAUGACACUAAAGAUUUUCCUAUUGAGCCUUUUCAUUUUUAUAAUGACACCACAUUUAAAAAGGAAACCUCAGUCAGUACUGAUGAGUCUUGGUUAGAUGGUUACCCUGUACCACAAGAUUUGGAAGAAAAUGAGAAAACAGAUGGAUCAAUGGAAACAGAAGAGGAUGCCUCCUUCACAACUGAUCAGGCCAACCAAGUUGAUGCUGGAAGGGGAGAUGAGACAAGUCCACACCCUUCAGUAGAGUUCACCCAGAUUGAUGCUGUUCCAACAAGAUUUAGUGAGUAUGGAAGCCGAGAGAUUCCUAUGGAAUCCACUCCAACUACAGCACCAGAAAAUGUGAGUGUUAGCCAAGCAGUUGAGGAUAUAUUCCAGUACCUAAUAACAACACCAUUAGUGGGAGUGAUUGAAGGCUCUACAAAACCACAUCAUUAUUUAACAGAAACAUCAGCGGUGCCCUCUGCUGUUCCGGAAACAACUGGCACAGGUAUUCCAGUGGAGCAGGUUCCACUUCCUCCCAAAAUUGAGGAUGAUAUAACCUUUCAGACUCAGCCCACCUUAGAAAUAUCCACUGAGCUUCCAGAUGUUUUUACAGAAAUAGAGUAUGCAGAACACAGUGAAGGAGAGAAUCUAACAGAUGGUACUGAAGCAAAGCUUCUUCCCACUACCGAACCCUGUGUAGGAGACGGCUGCCCAAGCUCAAGUAAAGGCACACUUGUCACAAUUAUUGUGAUUGUCUUAUGCUUGUUAAUACUGGCCACAGCACUGAUUGUAUGGUACUACAAAAAGCGUCAGCAGAAAAGCUCUACAUACAAAAUGAAUGGCAAAGGUCAAACUAGACAUCAGCAACAAAUUGAAAUGCAAAAAGUCUAAUCUACAUAUGUAUUUUUUCAUACAGGCUACAAAUAAUUUUGAUUGUAAAAUCCUGCUGCCCACUGAAAACUAUAUAAAAAUAGAAGAAGCUGAUAAACAAUAUAGAACUGAGUAAGGCUCUUAUAUUAAGGAACACAUUAAGCAUUACUGUGUGUUUAGUGCUGUUUAACCUGGUUUCAUAUUAUCCAGAGACAUCACUGAUUGACAUUUUGCCUGUGAAUUGUAGUGUAGUUGUUGAUUCCAUAUUAUGGAUGCGUGCUUGACAGAGUGGUACUGAUAACGACUUUCAUACAAUGCAAGACACUAAAUGCUCUUAAUUAUGAUUUCUAAAAUGUGUGUCCUUGAUUUUCUCAAGCAAUACCUGGUCUGAAAUGAAAGCAAGAUAAAGAAAUUUCAUUACAUUUUUACAAAUUGCAAAAAAAAAAAUGUUAAGCAUUUUAGAAAAAAGUAAAGUCAGAAAAUAGUUCAUCUUGUUAAAAUUUAGUUUUGUUUAAAAGUUUGCUUUAAGUGCAAUAGACUGCUAUUUUGACUUGAGGUGCUAAACCAUAUUUAAUAUAAAAUGCACCUAGGGGUGGCUGAUACCUGUGAUGGCUCAACAUAUUUCUGAAAGUGAGGCUUGUGUUUUAAUUAUUUAUACUGCUGGAAGGGUACUGUUAGAAUGCAUGAAUAUUAAAGGACGGAAUAGUACUUAUGCUGUAAAAUGUCACAAACUAGCUCUAAGAAUCUCUGUUUUUACCCUGAAGUGUUUCAGUAUUUGCUGUUUAAUUAAAAGAUGAGUAAUAGCAUCCUGUAGGACACAAAGAGUUAAUGCCUCACUGAGAGAAGCUCUUUUGAGAUUUUGUCAUUGAUGCAUCAUAACUGUCAUUCAACUUUGUGACAUUCACACUGCUUAAGUAGAACCCUACAGAGGCUAUGCAGGACAACAAACUUAUUAAAGUCUCAUACGGCAGACCAAAUGACUGAUUAAAAAUAGCUGGGGAUAUUGGCAUUCUCAUAUGCAAAAAAUGUGGUUUAAUGAAGGAGGUUAUCUGUAUUAGACUCAGCCAUCUUCAGGAAAUGAGAUUCACCAAUCUUCAAUGCAGCCAAGGGGACACAGCAAAAUCUGUCUCUUCAAAUAACUGGACUGCUUUUGUUAACAGGAGGAAGACUGCUAUGAAAGUGAUGAAAAUCAUAUAGUUCCUGUGUGUGAAUGUAUGUUUGUGCAUAUGAGAUUUUGUAAAUGGGCUAGUGACUUUUUGACCUCACAGGUGGGUAUAUAAAUUGCUGGCUACAGGAGCAGUGCUCUCCAGAGAAAAUACGGCAUAUUUUGUGCUUUUAGAAACUAGUCUUCUUUUGAGGAGACUCUAUUGCUGGAUUAGUUUCACUAAGCAUAUUUUAAUGAAUCUCAUUUCAGUGAAACAACCUGCAACCACUUAAAGCAUGCAGUUUGUGUGAAGGCCGAAUGCAUGAAAAACAGGACUUGGCUAAAAUGAGCAUUCAUCAAAAAAUUUCUGUGAGGCAUUAGAUUUGUCCUUGCCAUGAGCUGUAGCAAUGUCAAAGUUGAUUAUCUUAAGUCCAGGGUACAGAGCCCUAAAUAGGGGUUGUAUGAGUCUCCCUAUCACAUAAAGCUAGACCACAUUGAAAAGUUAGUCAAUUUGUGUGUUUUUUUAUUAAAUCAUAUUUGACAGAACUGGCUUUUGAUGAGCUGACAUGAAUCCAGAACCAUUAUCUGUUGAUGAUUUAACUGAUUUGCGUGUCAUAUGGUUUUAUUUCUUCCUGGAUGGAAAAAGAUUAUUCGUAGCUGGUGCCAAAUGCAAUACAGAAGGCUACUUUAAAAUACAUUUCAA